GCGUCGCUUGCGUCAAAGUACACUGCUUUUGUUUGUUUUAUACAUGGGAUUGCGACCACCCGCGGUCGGCCGUCUCGGCGCUGACUCAUCGUGACGUCACCAGCGGAUCGAGUGUCGCGCGCGCAGAGUGAGCCAGUCGGCACCUGGCGGUCGGAGGGUCGCCCGCCCCGCCCCGCCCCGCCCCGCUGCAGGGAGUUUCCGCAGUCGUGUGGCGUGGCCGGCAGAACCGGCCAAGGCUGGUGUAGUGGAAGUGGAACACUGACGCUGCGCGAUACCCAUUGCACGUGCUGUGGUGUGCCGCGUGUGUCGAACUGUGCGCGGUCGUAGCGUUUGCUGGGCACCGCUGCCGGUGCGUCGGCGGAAUCGUGUCUCGCCGGCCUUCCGAGCCUCCCCCGAGAGCCAUGCCGGAGACGGGGCGUAACGCCAAAGGGUUCCAGGACUCUGCGGUGCAGAGCUCGGCGAUGUCCCACGCGGCCGCCGACAACGGCCAGGACGGGGCGGCCGGCGACGGCGCCAAGGCGGACCCGCCGGCCGCCGAGACCGACGAGCCGGACCGCAUGGCCAUCGUGGAGCUGGAGACGAAGCUGGAGCUGAUGAUGCCGCCGGCGCCGCAGGAGAAGGCGGUCAGUCCGUACCCGGACUUUCCGGAGACGAACCCGUUCCGGCUAUCGGCCUGCGAGGUUCCCGUGGUGGUCGAGGCCGACGACACGCCGUCCGUGAGGCCCCGGGAGCGCGGCGACGGCUGGCCGGUGGGCUCGCUGGCCCAGCGGCGCGGGUCGCCCUCCGACCUGAGGGUGUUCAUCCCGGGCACCGGCGGCGCAGGGGCCGGCUCCUCGCUGCUGGCUCAGCGGGCCGUGGGCGACUGUGAGCCGGAGCUGGCGGCGGCUGGCGGCGGCGGUGGCGCUCGGCGGGGUCCGAUGGAGCGCCGGGACAGCAUAUGGGACCGGCUGCCGGCGCCCGACGAGCUGCAGCAGCAGCGCCGCCACUCGGACCAGGAGCCGACCAGCGGCGCCGGACGACUGCUCAGGUCGCCGUUCCCGCUGGUACAGCCGACACCCACGCCGGACCAGACCAACGACGAGGGUCGCGAGCUCUUCCUCGAGUUCGUCCACGACCGCAUCGUCGAGGAGGGCAUCCCCGAGGCGGAGCUGGCGCUGGAAGCGCAGAACGAUGAUACGAUCAACAGGAUCAUGUCGCUGCCGGGUCUGAGUAACCCGGUGUGGGCGCAGACGGGCACCGAGCUGCGCGCGCUGGCUGACGCGUUCGCCACCUCCCACCAGCGUCGCGAGCUGCGCUGUAAGGCGCAGCAGACCGACCUGACGGCCAUCUCGUGGGACCGCUUCCGACAGCUGCUCGAGGAGCUCUUCUCGGGAGAGGCUGGCGUCACCCAGGAGCGCAUCCUGGUGUUGUUCUUCUUCCUCUCGGACUGUGUGGUGAGCACAAUCCGCCGGCACGCCUGGGCCCACCUGCGCCGUCUGAUCGAGUGGAGCCUGCGCUAUAUCGUGGAGCGUGUCUGCACACUGGUACAGGAGGCCGGCGGAUGGGGCGUCGUGCUGCGCCAGUCGGCCGAGUACCUGUACCUGGGACUCAAAAUAGCCGCCGCCGGGCUGGUCUGCGUGGCCGCUAUCGUCUACAUUAGGAAGAAUUAGACCGGUCUGCCGCGACACCGUGCCACGAUGGGAGCCGAGGAGCGGCCUCUCACAUCCCGCCGCGGUCGUAGAUGAGUAGAUGAUAUGGCGCUAAGAAUAAUGACGUGUGAGUGGGUAUUUAUUGACGGGCAUUGGGGCAGAGCCUUGCCGGUUUCCUCUGUAGUUGCAGAACG